CCAAACAGCUGCCUUCAGGUGUUUACUUCAGGAACUUCACAGCGAUUUUGCGGCUUCAAGUCACAGCGAAGAUGAGGCUGUUCCGUUGGAGGGUCCUCCCUCCCCCUGCCCGGACACUGUCCUCCGUGCCCGCGGGCGUGCAGAGCUUCGUCCCGGCCUGCCGCACGGCGGACUCCCGCUCCGUGGAGCUCCUGCAGGACUUCGUGAGCCGGGCCAGCCGCCUGUUCGUCAUCACCGGGGCCGGCCUCUCCACCGAGUCCGGAAUCCCCGACUACCGCUCGGAGGGCGUCGGGCUGUACGCGCGCACCGACCGGCGGCCCAUGCAGCACGCGGAGUUCGUCCGCAGCGCCAAGUCCCGACAGCGCUACUGGGCGAGGAACUUCGUGGGGUGGUCGCAGUUUUCCUCCCACCAGCCGAACUGCGCGCACACCGCCCUGCAGCGGUGGGAGGCCGGGGGGAAGCUGCACUGGCUGGUGACCCAGAACGUGGACGCUCUGCACUCCAAGGCGGGACAGAGGAGGCUGACGGAGCUGCACGGCUGCGCCCACAGGGUGAUGUGUCUGGGCUGUGGCGCCGUCACGGCGAGGGAGGAGCUGCAGAGGCGAUUCAUGGCGUUGAACCCGGACUGGAGCGUGGAGGCCGCGGGGGUGGCUCCGGACGGUGACGUCUUCAUAGAGGACGAGCAGGUCCUCCAUUUCCGAGUCCCCUCCUGCGAGAACUGCGGAGGGAUUCUAAAGCCUGAGGUCACGUUUUUCGGGGACACGGUGAAUAAAGGAACUGUUCAGUUUGUGCAUGAGAGGCUGGCUGAGUCGGAUGCUGUGCUGGUGGUGGGAUCAUCGUUGCAGGUUUACUCCGGAUACAGGUUUUUACUGGCAGCGAAUGACAGGAGGACGCCAGUCGCCAUCUUGAACAUUGGCCCCACUCGAGCAGACCACCUGGCCGAGCUGAGAGUGAGCGGCCGCUGCGGUGAAGUCCUGUCCGUCAUCCAGCUCCCCUGACAGUCGGGGGGUAGGAAAGUUCAGUCAGAGCGUGUGAUGCAGGUCACUUUACUGCCAAAGCUACCUCAGAUGUCUCAUAGAAACACAGGUCUACCCUUCACCCACAGUCAGCUGGGAUUGGUUCCAGCCCAGCACCAUCGCAAGUUGGCUGAAGCAGCGUAACAGAUGGGGGGGGGGGGGGGGGGGGGGGGGGGGGGUUGAAUAAAGGGCUGUGUGGUUUGUUGUGUGGAGGCCUUGAGCAGCUGAACCCUCACUCCUGAAACAGAUGGUAACACAUCUGAUUUUGGUUUUAUUAGCGCUCCUCCUUUUUAAAAAUGACCGUUUCCUUCCUCACGGUGGCUCAUGUGAGAAUUGUACUCAGAUGAAGUCUUGACCUUAUUAGUGCUCAAAGUGUCCUCAGAUGAAUCGAGGUGUAAUGUGGCACGAUACAAACAGAACCGUUAAAAACAGUAACUCUGCAGUGAGAACGGUUUAUCUGCUGCUGUUAUUUACAAAUACUGCUGUUAAUGUUAAGAAUCCCCACUGGGAUUCAUAAAGUAUUCCUAUUCUAUUCCAAACAACAACAUGCAUUAAAAACAGCUCUUAUUGUUUUAUUUCUGUGAAACAGAACAAGGUGUCAGAGUGCAGGUUGUAGAAGAGAGGAUGCUAUUGCAUCCUAGGUUGAAGUAUGUCAUUGUACUAUGAAUAAUAAACUACAAUCCGGUUUGUUUUUGAAAACGAUUUGUCUGAUGUUUAUUAUGUGAAGGUGAAAUUAUCAGAUUGAUCAGGUUCAAUUUAGUUUUGCCUUGGAUCCAAGAAAUGCAACAGUAGGAAAAUUGUCAAUACAUUAAACAGUGUUAAUAUUUUUCAUUUUUGAAAUGCUAUCGUUAGAUCAUAUACGUCAUUUCCUCAAACGCGACUAUAGCAAUUAUAACAGGAUGGGAAGUGGCAAGUGCUGUUAAGCUGUGUUCAAAUGUGUAAUUUUUCUGGCAUUCAUUUACUUUAUCUCUCUACAAUUUAAAUCUGUGUUUUCACAAUAGUUUUCCUUGUUUCCACUGUCCUUGGUGAUUUCAAACUAGUUUGUGGGGAACGAACUAUCAUCACCUUCCCCCGAUGAGGAUAUGAUCUGGAUCUCACUCGCUUCCUCCCGUCUAUUAAAUGGAAUCACAUCACCUGUUUAAUGAGAUGAAGGAAGCUUGUAGCCACGUGGUGAAAAGUGAACUCCACAACAUUGAGUACAGACACAAUCAGUGUCCUCAAUUAUAAAAUUCUUCAACUGAAAUGACUAAUGAAUGUCUCUCCAAGGGCAUCAGUUUUCUUUUAAUACUGGAAACAUGUCAGGUGCUAGGUUUUUUCUUUGACUCUACACCAGCGUCUCUUCUACACGGAUGACUUCUGUGCAUAACGUCCCUUUCAAGAGUAUCUUAAAAGAUCAUCAAGGUCAGUAAAUUUGUAGGCUUCAGUUUGUUUGUGUGACCAUGUUUCAAGUCAUGCUGGACUGGAGGUGAAGCCUCAGAAGUAUUGGUGGAUUGAACUUGUCCCUACAGGACCACAGAAGUCUUUUCAAGAUUAGACUUUUCCAGGUUUGGGCUGCUGGGAGACCUUAUUCAGUGCUCUUUUGUCUCCAACAUCCUUUAUGAACUCGUAAUCCUACAUCAGUGGAACUUCUGUUGUAAGUUCAGCUCUAAUGACUUUUGAAGCAUUUGAAAAUAAAAAUGC